UUAGUGUACAUAUGUCAUUGAGUUCAAUACUUCAAAGAAUGGCAACCCAGGGAGUGUUAUCAAUUAAACCGAUAGUGACAAGUACAAGAAUUAUAUUUGGACUAUUGCCUGGCCUCGGGGCGUUAAUAGUACUUCGCAUGGCAAUUCAUUUAUAUCGCCCUGAUAUAGAAGACGCCGAAAAUCGGGUGAGAGAUCAUCCAUUUGAUAAAUUGUACGAUUGCUACGACUUCAUCAUAGUGGGUGGAGGUUCUGCCGGGUCUGUUCUCGCCAAUCGUCUCUCAGAAAACCCAGAAUGGAAUAUACUUUUGCUAGAAGCUGGCCAAGAUGAAAAUGUUUUGUCCGAUGUACCGGUAUUAUUCCCUACACUUCAAACAUCUGCCAUUGACUGGCAAUUUGUCACCGAACCAAGUGAAAAAUAUUGUUUAAGCAUGAUCGAAAGCAGAUGUAAAUGGCCUCGAGGGAAAGUUCUUGGUGGAUCGAGCGCAUUAAACGCUAUGUUGUACAUUAGAGGAAACAGACGCGAUUACGACAACUGGGCAAACUUGGGAAACCCAGGAUGGUCAUAUGAUGAAGUUUUACAGUAUUUUCUUAAGGCAGAAGAUAUGAGAAUCCCUGAAUACCAAAAUGAUCCGUACCAUUCAGUAGGUGGCCCGUUGACAGUAGAGAACUUCAGGUAUGAACAACCAAUCACAAGAAAAAUUUUAGAAGCUGCUGAAGAACUAGGAUAUGAGUUAGUAGAUGUAAACGGUAAAUAUCAAACAGGAUUCACCAGAUCUCAUGCAACUGUACGAGAUGGACUUCGAUGUAGCACAGCAAAGGCCUAUUUACGGCCUGCGGCGAAAAGACCAAAUCUUCAUGUGAGUGUACACUCAUUGGUUGAGAAAAUUCUAAUAGACGAAAAUAAAAAAGCUUACGGUGUAAAAUUUACCAAACACAAAGAAACUCGAAUCAUAAAGGCUUCAAAAGAAGUAAUUCUAUCAGCAGGAUCCAUUCAAUCACCUCAACUGUUGAUGUUAUCAGGUAUUGGAGAUAGUAAUGAUUUAAAAGAAUUAGGAAUAUAUCCUAUUAAAAUUCUGUCUGGUGUAGGAAAAAAUUUGCAAGAUCAUAUAGCCAUGGGUGGGCAUUCAUUUCUAUUUGACAAUCCAUACACGAAUGGUUCAGAAUACUGCUUUAAUCUGAACUCAGUAUUUAAUAUAGGAACAUUAAUGGACUUUACACUUCACAAGAAGGGUGAGCUGUACAGCAUGAUGGAAGCCGAGGCAAUGGCAUUUAUAAACACCAAAUACCAAGAUCCAUCGGAAGACUAUCCUGACAUUCAAUUGUUUAUUGCUCCGACUGCAGACAACAUGGAUGGAGGUAUAUUUGGCAAACGAGCUAAUGGUUUGACAGAUGAAGUCUAUUCUGAAUUAUACGAGGAUAUUUUGUACCAGUCAUCAUUUUCAAUAGUGCCUUUAUUGCUUAGACCAAAAAGUAGAGGAUUUAUAAAACUAAAGGACGCGUCUCCAUAUUCACCACCGCUUAUUUAUCCAAAUUACUUUUCUGAACCUCAAGAUAUUUUAACACUGAUGGAAGGAGCAAGGUUGGUCCAGGAUUUAAUAAGCCAACCAGCACUCCAAGAGUUGAAUACAAGACCGAACCCUCGUCGUAACCCAGGCUGUUCUGAGCACGCUCUCAUGUCAGACGAACAUCUGGAGUGCCAAGCUAGGCAUCACAGCUUAACGAUAUACCAUCCUGUCGGCACAUGCGCGAUGGGGCCCACUGACAACCUUGAAGCUGUUGUAGAUUCAAAAUUGAGGGUUUACGGCAUCACGAACCUUCGUGUGGUCGACGGCAGUAUCAUGCCGACAAUAGUCAGCGGCAACACAAACGCUCCUAUAAUAAUGAUCGCAGAGAAAGCUGCAGAUAUGAUCAAACAGGACUGGGACGGUGUCACUGAAGAUAACCCUUGCACUUCUGACUUUUACCUCAGACAAGCACAAGAUCCAAUACCAACAGACGAAGACAAAUCUACAAUUAAUAAUCCACCAGACAUAUUCGCCGAAAUGAAGAGUCUAUUCUCUAAUUUACCUGAAGAUCAACCAUUGAAUCAAAAUAUUAAUCUAACAAGAAUGAGAGAUCAUUUAAAACCUGCAUUCGAUGGCGCCCAAACUACCAGAGUGAAAGAAAAUCCAUAUAAUGUUGCUAAAUCACGAAAAACGAAACAUUCCAAGCAUAAGUCGACAUAUUCCCCGGUUUAUACGAGUCGUCCCGUAUCUGGCUAUUGGACGGAUCCUGCUACGAAUGUUGCCAAUGUACCAUAUUAUCACGUUAAUUACUUUCCUCCUCAAAUACUCGGCUACCCUUAUUAUAAUGCGAUUCCGCCAGUUCAGUUCGAUAGCGAUUAUAGCCAGCUUCACCAUGACUCUAUUCUGCCUUCAUACGUAUACAACCAGAACAAAGAAAGGAAAACUUUGAAUGACCAAUCGAGCGGCGAUAAUAAAUGUAAAGUUUGGCUUCAUAAAAAUGGAAGAAACUAUGAAGUCGAGCUUUGAUCACAUUUUCACAUAGUGUAUGUUACAUAUAUAUGUAUAGUGUAUAACUGUUGUAU